UUCCCAUCAUAACCGCACAGGCACAGUACCCUUUCCUUCAAUCUGUAAUCAUUUUUUCCACUUUCUAAUCGUUUCCUCUUCAAAAACAACCAAAAUCUGAGAAAAUGCAAGCCCUGCACAACAACAAUAUGUUACUCAAAGUAGCUCCGGCUUUCUCCCUCUUGAAUCCACACAAAGAACUUCUGAAUCCUCUGUUUUCCUCUGUUUCUUUUUCGAACUUCCAUUUGAACUCCAGCCUUCGAGCCAAAAAUGGAACUGGCCUUAUCGUUUGUGCAUCUAAUAGCGCUAUUAACAGUCCCUUAACCGGUGUCAUUUUUGAGCCGUUUGAAGAGGUGAAGAAGGAGCUCGAUUUGGUGCCGAGUGUACCUCAAGUUUCUCUCGCUAGACAGAAGUACAACGAGCUCUGCGAGGCUGCAAUUAAUGAACAGAUCAACGUAGAGUAUAAUGUGUCGUAUGUGUACCACGCCAUGUUUGCUUAUUUUGAUCGCGACAACGUGGCACUUAAGGGACUGGCUAAGUUUUUCAAGGAAUCGAGCCUUGAAGAACGAGAACACGCUGAGAAACUAAUGAAAUAUCAGAACAAACGUGGUGGAAAAGUGAAGCUGGCGUCAAUAGUGAUGCCACUCACCGAGUUUGAUCACGCGGAGAAGGGAGACGCUUUGUAUGCUAUGGAGCUUGCAUUAUCCUUGGAGAAGCUAACAAAUGAGAAGCUCCUCAACUUGCACCAGGUAGCCGACCAAAACAAUGAUGUGCAGAUGGCAGAUUUUGUUGAAAGCGAGUUUUUAACUGAGCAGGUAGAAGCGAUCAAAAAGAUCUCAGAAUAUGUUGCUCAGCUGAGAAGAGUGGGCAAGGGACAUGGAGUUUGGCACUUCGACCGAAUGCUUCUUAAUGAGGCAGAAGCUGUUGCUUGAUGAUGGAGACAACUCGUCUGGUACCUGGCUACCAUUUUGAAGGCUUGUUCUAUGCGGUUUUUCCUAUUUUUAGUUCUUAUUUUAGAAAACUUGGGCAUGGAGCUUGUGAGAAAAAUUAUAUUGUUGAUAGAUAAAUGCAUAUGGGAUAUUUUCAAGCA